CUUUUUUCGUCAGUUAAAUUAAAAUUCAAAAAGUAUUUAAAUGGAGAGGAGAAAAAAGCUAUAUUAUUUAAACAAUUUAUUCCUAGAAGUGUUUUACAGAAUAAGCCACUAUAUCAUCUAGGAUUUUUGUUAACUAACUAUUUUACGAUGUGCCCGUAAAGUAACUAGUACCAUGAUCAUAUAAACAGGUCCCGACACCCACUAGGGAAAACCGUCCGAAAAUUGAAUCAUGAAAACUCAACAUGGGAAGCAACAGAGUUCUCGUUUUUGGAAGAUAGACAAGGAAGAAUAAAGUAUCUCUGCUUCUGAUUGAGACAUUCGUGGCAUAUCACACAUGCGUAGAACACUAACCUUCUUGUCUUUCAAGUUAAUUUUUCACAACUCAAUUUUCGGACGGUUUUCCCUAUACUUCAGUAUCUGAGUACCGAGAUUUGUUUAUGAAUCGUAACUAGUACUGCUACAAAUUUUAAGAACUAAUUUUGAUGCUUGACUUAUGUUCAUUUGAUAGUAGAUAAUUGCUAUAAUAAAUAGACACAUAUGUAUUUAUAGGGAAUAAUUUAAAAUAUUUAACAUAUUAAAACAUUCAUCUUUUUUUUUCUUUUGUAAAAAAAUAUUUAAUCCCUUUUUUAACUUUUUUAAACAUAUUAUGCAUGUUUUAUAACAUAGGAUUUUCUUAAAAUUCAAAUAGUAUUUAAUAGCAGCUUUUUUAUUGUGCUAAGGUUAUAGUAAACGGCUUGAGUACAAUUUUAUUUAUUUUUAAUAUGUUCUUACAAGAUCCAAAAACAAAGAUAACAAUAUUUUUCAGGAAUCAUUUAUACAUUAUUGUUGUACAAUAACAUUUAUAAAAUUAUUUAUUGGCAGUUAAUAAUAUAUAAAAUUCUAUAAGUUCUACAAGGAAUAUUUCUUAUUCUUUCCAUAUUCCAGUGAUAGAUACCUACAAAACAGUAACCUACAAAACAGUAACCUACAAAACAGAGUUUAAGAGAAAAAAUACUAUUUUUAUUGUUUUACUUUUAGAAACGCAAAAAAAAAAAAAAUAUUCUGUAGUUAUUUUACAACAAUUUAAAAUAAACAGACCAUUAAAUCGUAAAUCAAUUUGCCAUGUUUAUGUUAUGAAGGUUAUAUUGACAUUAAUAUAAAGGAUGGAACAGGAUCUGAAGACGAAAAUCGAUCAGGCUUGUCGAACAGCCGAAGAAUUUACAAAACUUUAUUAUGAAAGUUUAGAUAAACGCAGAUAUCUUAUAUCAAGGUUAUAUUUGGAUACUGCGACUUUAAUAUGGAAUGGGAAUGGUAUUGAAGGCAAAGAUAACAUACAGAAAUUUUGGACAGAUUUGCCACCUUCAGAUCAUUCUGUUUUUACUUUAGAUGCUCAACCAAUAACGGGUCCUGAGGUGGCAGAUCAAUUAACAUUUCUUGUAAAAGUUGGAGGGCAAGUAAAGUAUGAUGAUAAAACAUCGAAACCAUUUAACCAAAGCUUCUUAAUUGCAGCUAUGGGAGAUAAGUGGAAAAUUGUAAGCGAUUGUUUCCGAGUACAAGAAGCAAUAGAAAAUGUAAAUUGAAAUAUAAAAUAAGUUAAUUUA